AUGAGGCAAACCCCAACAGUAGCAACCUCCCCAUUACGCACUUCCGACAAUGCGCCGUUGCUAUUGCUUUUAAUCCUGCUGCUACUGCAGCUGUGUCAGCGCAGCUGCGGUGCACAAGAGCCCGCCCCUCAAGCUGGGGGCUAUUUUGAAAGCCUAAGCACUCAGAAACAGCGCCAGCAGCAGCAAGAGCAGCAGCAGCAGCAUGAAGCACCGGUAAUAUCGGACGAGUUGCUGCUGGAUUUGCUGCAUAGGGCGGAGGAGAUCGCCAGGGGCCCCCCCGAGAGGCCCGUCGGGGGCUGGCAAGUUCUGGCAAAGAGCCCUCAGUGUAUUGUCUAUAGGAGACAGCGCAGAGGCAUGCCUGAUUACGAGUACGCGGUGCGGGGUCGCUUUGCAGACAUCUCUGCUGCUGCUUAUUUUUCUGCUCUCAACUCCCUUCCCCUCAGACGGUCUUGGGACUCUACUAUUAAAGACAUACAACUGCUGCAACUCAAGCAGGCGACACAGCCUCUUCCUCCUCCUUGUGGUGAUCCUGCUGCUGCUGCUCACAGCACCAGCAGCUGCGGUUCUGAGCGUAGAGCUGCAGAAGCGGAGCAGGAGCUUUGUGUAUAUCCCACAGCGGAGGUCAGGGGGGCCUCUGGGGGCCCCCAGGUGUACCCUGUUGGAGGGCCGGAGUACGAAGAGUUAAUCUAUUGGCGUGUUGGUCUUCCCUGGCCUGCCAAAGACAGGGACUUUGUCUUUGCUCGCCGCCUGCGGGGCUACAAAACCACCACCAGCAACAGCAGCAGCAACCGCCUGCAUGCACUGGUGUGCGGGCAGUUGCAGGCAGAGAGCGCUGAAGCACCUCCUUCCGAUGAGGCGGUGCGGGUGGAGGCCUUCGAAGCAGCAAUCGUCGCCUUCCCAGACAACGCAGAGCCUGGGGGUCCCUUGUCAUUCAAUGCAGGGGGUGCCUCGUCGGUCGCGCACGGGGACCCUUCGCUGCACCCUUACGGGGGCCCCGGGGGCCCCAGAGGAGGUGGAAGAGCUGGGGUUUGGAAGCUACUCAAAGUGGAGUACCGUUAUCAACAGCAGCAGAAACUGCACCAGCAUCGUCAGCAGCAGCAGCAGCUUGUGUAUGCGUGUGCGUGCAGUUCUCCCGUUCCUUCCUGGUUGCGUUCUUACAUUGCAGCCCACACGCUGCCUGCAACUAUGAAGACUCUUCGAGAAAGUGCCUUGCGGCUGCUGUCUCCUUCAGGGGAAGUUCGAAACCCUCAGGAACUCCGGGGUCCUGGAGGGGCCCCUCUGACUUCCUAUGACCUGCAGCUUCUCCAACAGCAGUUCAGAAUACACAGUCCUCAGUGGAAACAGACCAAGAAGGGGCCCCCGGAGGGAGAGGGGCCCCAGGGGGGAGAGGGGCCCCAAGAGGAAGAGGGGACCAGGGGAAACGCGAAGUCGUCGCAGCUGCUCCGAGAAGCUGCAGUGCAGAGACACAUCGAACAGCGGCAGCAGCAGCAGCAGCAGGCGGAUGUUUUGUACGAGGCAGCUAUCACCGCCUCAGGUCCAAUAUCUCCACCACCACCAGCAGCGGCAGAAGGCGUAGAGGAAGUCGCGAUAUAUGGAGGCCUCAGUGGGGUUGACUUCUCCUUCGGGUCUCCCUCUGCGCGCCGCAGUGUGUGGACUCGCCUCCCCCCUCUCAUUAGUGAUGCGGAAACAGCUGCUACUGCACGCUGGGGACGCCCUGCUGCUGCAGCGGCUGCAACAAGAGGAGCCGCAGCAGAAGCAGCAGCAGAUGCUGCAGCGUUUUUGCAGCAGUAG